AGAAUAACUUUAUAAAGACCUCAAUACAAAUCAUGUGAGAAUAGGACUUGAUUUUACUGUAGAAAAACGUUUCUCCAGAGGUGAUCUGAAAAGACGUCUCGUCCACCGAAACGUUCAACUUUAAAAGACAUCAAAGAUCUGACACCGAAUCAAAACAAAAGUGUGAAAUGAAACGCAUGAUGAUCUAGGCCUACAUGUAGAAUCACAUCACCUGUUGCCAUCCGAGCAUCUUGGCUCUUCAUUCAAAUGAGUGGCCUGUGAUGUUUGGAAACGGUUGCUUGGAAACCAGAUUGAGAUGCCCUUCAGAUGAUGGAGACAGAAUCAAGGAGCUAAUGUGGUGUCAAGAGGUCCACGUGUGGGUUUGUCUCACUUCACAAGCACUUUCACAUCCGUGUAUUUCAAAGUUCAUGUCUUGCAUAGAUUUACCUCAAAGUAAAAAGAGUGAAUAAAAAAAUUCACUUUGCUACAUCAACUACAGAAUGUUUUUAAUAUCUAACAUUUAUGUUGUGUGUUUUAUAUACCAACAUGAGGAAUAGACGAUGAUGGAUGAAUGACACUAAUGUUGAUGGUAUAUCAUUCGUGAAAUGGGUGAUGAGUGUGUGUGUGUGAAGAGCAGACACUCUUGUGUAAGUCAAGUGCUCCGCUGGUCUUCAGAGAAGAGCUCAAUUGUGUUGCUGAUAAUUACACUCUUGUGUCUUUUCUUCAGUGUAUACAUUUGUGGCCACCUACACAUGUUGCUAUUAGCAACCGAAUCCAAACCAACCAUUCACUGCAGUUAUAAUUAGCAUCAGUCAUAAACUUCCUCUUCAGAGAAUAACAAACACCAGAUAUCUGUUAUAGAUUUACAUGCAUCAUAUGUACAUUUUAUCUUUGUGAUGUAUUUAUAUCUGUAAAUGAAUGCAGCUUGAUGACAUGAUGUUUCAUAUUUUAUAUUGUUCGUCUUGUUUCUACUCUUCAUUCCAGGAUUAUUGUGUGGACGUUAUCUUUUCAUGUCUGAACCCGUGCGUCCACAUCAGUGGGUUGACUGAAAGCUGUCCUGACAUGAGCUAUUAUUAUUAUUAUUAUUAUUUGUUGGGUAAGUAGGUGUUUAAACCCCAAACACAAAAUUCACUCAUUCAAAGAAACAACGAAAGCAAGACAGCUACAGCUUUGUUCAUUCAAGCCUUGUUGAGUAUAAUGUUUAAAAGACCCAUAUUUCUAGUUUAAAGACACAGUAACACUAAAAAAGAGGCUCAUUAAAAUAAAAAAGCCUUUCUGUUAUUGUUCAUCGUUCAGCGGGUGUGUAGUUUAGUGUAAACUGCUGCAUUUCACAAUAAAAGUGAAGGAUUUUAUUUGACCUUUGAAAUAUGAAAUGACCUCUUCAAAGUGUUUUAUUGUUGCCAUGACAGCAAACAGACGUGACUCACUGAAGUUCAGAUGUUUAUCACGCACGCACACACACAACUUUACCUGUGAUUGAACUCCUCAUUCAUCAUCAGGACAUAUACUGAUAGAUUGAGAGGAUCUUUCUGCUUUUUCUCAACAUCUGAGUUUUGUCCUUUUAACGGUCAGAUCAUCAGCUUUAGGCCCACAGUAUAUAUUUAUACUUAUGUUUCUCUACGUCAGUAUACAGAAACUGCAUUAUGAUUCAUUUACUGAAGAACUCUUAUCUGAUUGUUUUUAAGCGAGUGCAUUGCAAAAUGAAAGAUCAUAUAUACAACAGCAGAUUAUCCAUUACACUGCAGAGAAUCACACAGAUUUAUCACUGCACAUACAAUCACUCAUUUCUUUUUAUGUAACUUGAAUAUGCACCAGAUUUAACCAUUUUUAUUUAUUGUUAUGUAAAAUUAUACCAGAGUAUAAUGUAAACUAAAUCUUUAGUCAUAACUAGUGGUGGCUUUGACUUUCACAUAAACUGGAUUAAACAUCACUUAUAAAUACUUCUGUUUCAUUCCUCAUUAUAUAUUUUCACAAGUUGUUGCUGGUUAAUGUCUAUUAUUGUGUUAUUUAAUAUCAGUACUGUCUUGAUGGUUAAUUUACCACUAUUACAUUAUAAGGAAUAAUAAAACCGGUUCAAAGUAUUUCAUAUUUGAAUUUGUACCAAUCUGUAUGUUUAAAUGUUAAAAGGAAAGAAAGAUUUCACUACCAAAGACGGCGAUCCGCCAAAGAAAAAACAGGAAGACGAAGAAGAUUUCACAACCGGAAGCGCGUGUAGUUGAAUGCAUUGGGCGGGGUUAAGGGACCGUUCAACGGAAGUGACGACACUCAACAACAAGCUAGUUAGAAAAUCUCAGUUUGACCGAUAAAGAAUAAAGGAAUCCGUGACCCAGAUAUUAUAAAGUACUUGACGGAUCAUUUAAAGAAAUUAACGUGUUACGUGUGAUUUUAGUUUUGACACGAUGCGAAUCUCCGUCAGAAAACUUUGCGCUGUGUGUCUGUGCGCGUGCGCCUGUCUGUUUUUUUACAUCACCAUGUUUCAGUUUGGUGAGGUCGAGCAGACCGCAGACACACAACUCAUCGGGAGGAGAGCGCCGAGACCCUCAGACGUCCAGGACCCCGUCAUUGUGUGGUGGUCUCCAGUGACCGGAGAGCAGGGGCGGCUCGCAGACUGUGGACGUAACAGGUGUGUCUUUACCGUAAACAGAUCUCAUCAUUCUCAUCCACAGACACAAGCCUUCCUCUUUUACGGUACAGAUUUCAGCGCUGAAAGUCUUCCUCUGCCGAGAAGCGAUGAGCAUCACUGGGCUCUGUUCCACGAGGAGUCGCCCAAAAAUAACUACAAGCUCUUUCACCAGGCGCUCAUCACGCUGUUCAACCACACGGCCACCUUCAGCCGUCACUCUCAUCUGCCGCUCACCACACAACACCUGGAGAGCAUCAGCGCUCUCACAUCACAAACGCACCUGCUCCCUCUGUCCGUCAAAAACCAGCGGAGGGACACCCUGGCGCCCGUGGCCUACGUCCAGUCCGACUGCGACCCGCCGUCCGAUCGAGACGUGUACGUCCGGGAGCUGAUGCGACACAUCCAGGUGGACUCUUACGGAGCGUGUCUUCACAAUAAAGACCUGCCGUCCCAUCUGAGAGACUCGGCGGCGAUGGAGCAUGAGGAUUUCUAUCACCUCCUCUCUCAGUAUAAAUUCCUCCUGGCCUUCGAGAACGCCGUCUGUGAGGAUUACAUCACGGAGAAACUCUGGAGACCUCUGAAGAUGGGGGUCGUGCCCGUCUAUUACGGAGCUCCCAACGUUGGCAUGUGGCUGCCGGACGACAGAAGUGCGGUGGUGGUGAAUCCAGACCAGCCGCCUGAGAAACUGGCUCGGUAUUUAAAGAGACUGGACGCGCAUGACGAGGAAUAUUCCCAGUAUCUGCAGUGGAAACACAAGCGGCAGAUCUCCAAUGUCAAUCUGGUGAAACGUCUGAGUGAACGUCAGUGGAGCGUUCACGACGUCACUCGAGAAAACGUCAUGGAUGCGUUCGAGUGUCUGGUGUGUGACAGAGUCUGGCAGAACAUCCACAGACACGAACAGAAGCUGGCGGCUAAAGUGUGGCGAGCUGAAGAGACUCAUCUGAAGUGUCCUCCUCCCAAACUCUUCCACUUCCCUGCGAGUCCCUCCAACGGCUCGUAUCUCAGGAGCAUCUGGAGAGCCAGUUAUGAUCAGUCGAAGAAAGAAGCCGGCGCUCUGAGACGACUCAUUCAGAGAAACACAAACUUUACUGACGCACGCUUCUGGAGUGAAGUCUUCAUCACGUGACAGAAACAACAGCACUGCACUCAUCUCAGUCUCACGUCACAUCAGAGCUAGAAAACCUCAACAGGUUCUUUAUACGUGUGAACGCCACCAUUUCAUACACCAUCUUUAACACACACACACACGAUAUUCCUGAAAAACAAUCAGUGUAAUGCUUAUUCGUGAAUAAUCUGUAGAGAUUCAGUCUUGCCCUAUAACUGUCUUUAAGAUGCACAUUCUGCUCUUUUUGUGCUGGCAAAAUAUAAAAUAUGAAAACGUAUUUGUAAGAGUUUUUUACUCUCUCUUGCUUAGUGACGGAUUUGUUUCUGAAUAUGUGAUUUCCUAAACUUGUACUGAACUAUAAAUGAAAAGUGAAAACCUCGUGUUUAUUUGUUUACUGUGUCUUCAGUUUCUUUUAAAGUGUUCUUGACUCAAUGCACCUCACUCUUAUCCCGUGACAAACACUUCUACAGGAUGUGAUCAAGUCUCAUGUCAUCUGUGAGAGUUUCACCACUAGAUGGAGACACUGGGACUCAUGAUGUCUGCAGAGAAACGGCUGUUUGUCUCUUCUGUGUAAACACACACGCGUGUUAGUAAAUGAUGUGUUGUUAAAUCAUCACAGCUGUGACACAUUACAUCAAAUAUGAAACGAGUCAAACUGCUCUUUAAAUAAAUAAAGACUGCUCGUCUUGAUCACAUUAAAUGGAUGGAUAUUUAACAGAGGAGGUCUCUUUAAUGAAAGUAUUACUGUAUGUGUUGAUAUGAAAGUGUUGUAUUAUUAUUAUGGGACUGUAUUAUAUGUAUACGGGCGUUUCUGCAACUAAGUCCCAGCAGUGAAAUUUUAGAUUUAUGUCAAAAAUUGUCACAUGACGCUUUAUAAAUAUAGUCACAGUGUCAUUACACUCCUUGACAAAAAAUAGGAUUUAAUAUAAAAUGACGAAGCAUUUAAAGGUCCAAACACCAUUUUUGUUCAUGUCCCACAACUCUGGUCACAAUGUUAAAAUACUUCAAGCAAUUUAUUUCAAAAGGAAUUGUUUAAUUUACAGCAUCUUACAUUUUUUUGUAUUAUUUCCUGAUCAUUGUUAUGAUUUUUUCAAGUAAAUGUGCCUGUGCCACACUUUUGAGUCCUUACCGCAACAAUGACAUUUUAUGAGAGACGAACAAGUCUAGUUUCUAUUGAAGCAGAAAUGACCACAUGAGCACAUGCUGACAGAUUAGGCAGCCUCACCACCUCACUCACAAGAUCCCCAAAAUAUAAGGUAAAUAUUAUCUUAUCUGUGUCAGUAUUUAUUGUGUGUCCUAGCAAUUCUGUACUUUAAAAUACAUUUUUUAAAUAAAUGUAUAUUACUGUUUAAUUCAUGUAUAUUAAGAUGCUAAGAGUCAAAACUAAUGUAGUAGACCUUGCUAGCUACCAGUUAGCUGCGAUAUUAGCAAGAAUGUCAUUUCCGCAACAUGUCUUUAGCAAAUUUUCAAGGUUUCCUGUAUAUUAAAUGACUAAU